AUGAUUUUCUCUGUUUGCCUUUUGGGCUCUGCCCUGCUGUUGGCCAAUGCAGAUCCGAUCAGAAUUCCUCUGAACAAAGUUCAGCAUGAUCGCUCUAGCUACCAUUUCAAGUCAAUUGCUGAAUACACCAAGCAGAGAUAUAUUCCAGGACACAAGUUUGAUCCCCUUGAGGCUUAUUCUGAGGGUCUUUCUGACUAUUCUAACGCUCAAUAUUAUGGAUCUUGCCAAGUUGGAACCCCACCACAAAACUUCCAAAUUUUGUUCGAUACUGGAUCAUCCAACUUCUGGGUACCAUGCUCUGACUGUCCAGCCAGCAACCUUGCUUGCGAUUUCCACACCAAGUUCGAUUGCGACAAGUCUAGCACUUGCACCAAGACCGGAAAGCCUUUCGAAAUUGCUUAUGGCUCCGGCUCCAUGAAGGGAGUUGUUGACACUGAUGUCAUUUGCUUCGGAACUGACCACGCUUUCUGUACUGACAAAACUCAAGGACUCGCUUGUGCUGAACAAGAGCCUGGUCUUGCCUUCGUUGCUGCUAAGUUUGAUGGUUUGAUGGGAAUGGCUUGGGACUCUAUCUCAGUCAACGGAAUCGCUCAACCUAUGGACCAAAUCUUCGCCAACACUGCUAUCUGCAAAAACCAAAUCUUCUCAUUCUGGCUUAACAGAGAUGUCAACAACACCGUCACUGGAGGAGAAUUGUCCUUGUGUGAAAGCGAUCCUAACCAUUUCACUGGACCAAUCGCCUGGGAACCACUCAAAUCUACCGAUUACUGGAGAAUCAGACUCGGAGCUGUCAAUGUUGGAACCACUCAAAUCACCGGACCCGUUGACGCUAUUGUUGACACUGGUACUUCUCUCUUGACUGGACCAGCUGAUCAAAUCAAACAGAUCCAACGUAAGAUUGGUGCUUUCCCCAUCCUCGGAGGAGAAUAUGAAGUUGAAUGCAGCCGUUUGCCAAAAAUGCCAAAUGUCACCUUCAACCUUGGAGGACAAGACUUCGUUCUUACCCCAUACGACUACGUUCUUCAAAUGGUCUCUAACGGACAAGAAUCUUGUGUAUCCGGAUUCAUGGGAUUGGAUAUCCCAGCUCCUAAUGGUCCACUCUGGAUUUUGGGAGAUGUCUUCAUUGGCAAAUUCUACUCUGUCUUCGACCACGCUAAUAAGAGAGUUGGAUUCGCUCAAGCUAAGAGCAUCUAG